AUGAAACCAGGGCGCAUCGUUAUAGAUGGCCUCUGGCGCUGCCUGUGUCCAUCAGUAGAUGCUGCAGCUUUCUAUCAGACACUGCGACGACCCGCCGUUUCUCGGCGCCAACCGACAGCGAUCACGAGCAGGAGCGCAAGCACUGCAGCGGUUGAGACACAACCGCAACUCAAUGCCACAACGACUUCCCCAGCCAUUCAAUGGCCACAUCAUGGGCGUCAGGCCGAGCGGCAUUCAGCCCGAGUAUGGAAACAUAUAUCGAAACGGGCGCCACCGCAUACGAAGACCGCGGCGAAGGUGAGCGAUAAGCGCUAUGUCCACCGCAAAUGGAAACGACAUCCCACUCUACCUCGCUCGUUCUUCACCGACCAGGGCUCAUCCGAUGAAGAGUUGCACGGUGCCAGCACCGAUGCGAUCGUCGAAGGACUUCGGGAGCUAUGCGAAUCCCAGGGCCAGUACCAUGGCAUUUGCAAUACCGUUCGCUACCUGGUAACCAAUCGCAAUAAAAAGGCCGAUGUUUUCUUAUACAACUGUCUUAUCCAAGCGAACUGUGACCCUGAAUUUGGGUCUGCCGAAGCUGUUGGUGACAUGUUAGAAGAGAUGGAGUCUACGCGGGUGCUGCCAACCGCGGCCACAUAUCAGAGUGUCCUCGAAGUUCUCGCAGUCCACCCAGACUAUGUUUUACGUAACAGGGCGAUAGACAAGAUGGAGGCAAUCUGGAAGCCGCCCACGAUUAAUGGACGAGUCGCAAUCACCGUCGGGCUCAUACGCGACGGCCAAUACGAGAUGGCUCUCGAAUCGCUAGAAUACCUGUACAAAAACGGGGCGCCCAUCCCGCAUUGGCUCUACGAUAUAUUCAUCUACACUUUUGGAGCUUUGGGUGCUCACGAGGAGACCCUCAUGAUUCUGCAACAAAAAGAAAGGUGCAUUGACGCACCCCCUACACAUAAUUUAUGGCACUAUCUUCUAGAUGUCUUUAGCAAGGAUUCAUUCUACGAAGGUACCAGGACCGUGUGGAACCGCAUGGUUAUGCAGGGCAAAGCUGUUGCAUCCGAUGGAACAGCCGUCAAUGUUCUCAAUCUCGCCUCGAGGCAUAACGAUGCAAAUAUGGCCACGCAGGUCAUCCAGCAACUAUUGGAUCGCGGCGUGAAACUUGGAAUGCAUCAUUUUGAGCCUCUGCUUGAAAUUCAAUCUGCGGAUCAAGAAAUUCAACAGGCAUUGUCCACUAUAUGCCUCAUGUCAAAGGCUGGCCACGUACCAGAUCGGUCCAGCACUCGCUCAGUUGUGGCCCAGUUGCAAUCCACACCCAAACUGGCAGAGGAGGCGGUUGGGUUGCUUCACGACUUGAAAAAGAGCAUGCAGGUUCCAAUCGCUGCCUUCAAUGUUGUUCUGGAAGCAACUUUGCUCACUCGUGGUUUUCCGGCUGGUUUGGACUUAUAUCGCAGCAUCGGCCGGAUCUGCUCCGUAAAGCCCAGUCUGGAGACCUACAACUUACUCCUUCAGCACUGCGACGUUCCCAAAUUCAUGCGAUUCCUUGUCGCGGAGAUGGAAGCGUUCUCCAUUGCUCCUGACGAAGCAGCCUUUGACCGCAUGAUUUUCAUUAGCACUUCGAAUACGAAUUACGAACCAGCUUUUCGUUACUUGGAGCAGAUGGUGUCUAACAAGACCGAUGAGGAGUCAAGUGGCUGGUGGAUCAGCCGGCCAACAGCGCUUUCACUGCUUAGGAGAGCCAUAUCAGCUAAAGAUAAUCGGACCCAAGGUCUCAUGGAGGAAUGCGAGAAGAGAGGGAUCAUCGACCAGGCUGAUAUUGAGGUCUUGAUGAAUACAAUGAGUCAAGGGGACCAAAGUCAGGGACUGGCGCCUGCUACUCAUGAGAAUGUGCAGAUCGAGGCCGCUCAGAUAUCAUCCAAGGAAACGGCAGAGGCCUCUUGA